AACUAGCAGAAACCAACAUAAGAGGAACAAUCCCAUCAACGAUACGUCUGUUAAAAACCUCGAUUCUAUCAACCUGACUUGAAACUUCUUGUAUGGGGACAUACCUGCCAGCCUUUACAACUGCUCAAAACUAGUGAGGUUGGACCUGUCCAUGAACGAAUUGUCUGGGACGAUCCCGGGUGAGCUGCUGUUGCAUAAAAGGUUGAGGCAAUUAUGGCUAAAUGGAAACAGAUUGGUCAGGGCGAUACCCGCCCCUCUAGAAGCAGUAAGGUUAGAAGUUCUUGAUCUCUCUCAAAAUUACAUGAAUGGAUCGAUCCCUGAUGAUGUAAAGAAUUUGUUCAAACUUACGUCAUUGGAUUUGUCGAUGAAUUUGCUUGGCGGGGAACUCCCCACUGGGCUGUUCCAAAUGAGUCUAAAUCAUCUGCUUCUUGGUCACAACGCCAUCUCCGGCCAACUGCCAGAGCAAAUGAAUUUGUACAGGCUGCAAGAGCAAAUGAAUUUGUACAGGCUGCAAGAGCUAAAUCUUACUCACAACAACUUAUAUGGCAAGUUUCCAAAAAGUAUAACUGAACCAAAGAGAUUAAGGACACUGGAUUUGUCUGAAAACCAGCUGUCUGGAGGCAUAGAAAACGUGGUUCACCUGAGGUCGAUGAGCGUACUCAGGCUUUGUUCUAACAACUUCUCAGGGAAGGUGCCAUGCGAAUUUGUGAACCGGUUCUUUCAUGAGAACUGCUUUGAUAUUUCCAACCUCUGUUCUGAAGACCCGAAAAAUGGUCUACCAGGAAGUCAGGAAUAUCUGAAAUGUCAAUCCAAACACGAUGAAUCAGAGAAGCAUUUUGUGAUAAUGGUAGUAGUGAUAGUUGGCUGCGGGGUUGUAGUAUUUGCAAUACUUUUCUACUUGGUAAGAAGAUGGUUGCUCAAGAGGCAUAAGAUCAUUGAUUCAAGACGCGGGCAAAUCUGGCCGUCCAGUCCUUCUGUGAGCGAAGAAGACGAAUGGAAGAUGAUUACAUUUCAGAGGUUGAAGUUCAAUAAAACGGAAAUCUUGUCUAUUCUUACAGAUGAAAACCUGAUUGGGUAUGGAGGCUCAGGAAAGGUAUAUCGAGUUUUCGUGAAUGAAGGAAGCAUUGCUGUUGCUAUCAAGAGCAUUGUGAAUCCCAGAAAAUCAGACCACGGACUGGAGAAGGAAUUCCUAACAGAGAUCAAGACGCUGGGGACUAUAUGGCACAACAAUAUAGUGAAGCUUCUAUGCUAUCUCUCAAGCAAAGAAGUGAAGCUUCUCGUCUACCAAUAUGUCGAGAACAAGAGCCUUCACCAAUGGCUGCACGGCAGAACAGGGAAAUAUCAUCUGCUGGUGACUGUCCAGUCACCAAAUUGGAGUGGCCGAUGAGGCUACAUAUCGCCAUUGGAGCAGCACAAGGACUACACUAUAUGCACCAUGACUGCUCCCCAACUAUCAUACACCGAGAUAUCAAGUCAAGAAAUAUAGUACUGGACUCGGAACUCAAUGCCAAAAUAGCAGAUUUUGGACUCUCAAAAUUGCUCAGCAGACAGGGAGACACGGAAACAGCAUCGAGUAUAGCAGGAACUUUUGGCUACAUUCCCCCCCCCGAGUAUGCCUACACAUCGAAAGUGAACAGAAAGACCGAUUUUACAGCUUCGGAGUGGUGCUACUCGAAUUGACUACAGGGAGAGAAGCUGUUACUUAUGGAGAUCAUAUGAACCUAGCAGAAAGAGCACACCUACACUACAGAGAUACAAAUGCCAUUAUUGAUGCAGUGGAUGAUGAGAUCAAGGAGACGAUCUACAUGGACCAAAUCAUAACCGUUUUUCGCUAGGAGUCAUCUGUACUGCUACAUCACCUUCUAAUAGGCCAUUCAUGAAGGAUUGUUUUAUCGUGUUAACAUAUGCAUGAAAUUAUGGUUUUACCUGAAAUGCAACAUUGUUUAACAAAAGUGAAAAUAUUAGUACCUGAAAGCAGCCUCAGUUGAUCCCAAUUCACCAUGAAACAAUGUUUGAUCUUAAAGCUGUAAUUCAACUUCAGUGAAGCAUAAAUUGUCGAAUACAACGACGCCAAA